CAAGGGACCGGCCAUUGGUUCUGCAUUCACCUUUUCUGUAUCCGUCAUUCAGGCAGGACUAACCCGAUGAGCUGCGAGGCCUGAGAAAGCAAAAAUAAUAAAACAAAUUAAGAAGGAAGAGGAAAGAAGCUGGUGAAAAGAGGAUAUCUUAUUAAAUAUCUCUCCAGAACCACAGUAACAGGAUUACAACCACCAUGGUGACACUGGAUUUCAGGACACUGACAGUGCCUGUGGGCAUCGUGCGGAUACUGGAGCUGAUCCUCACCUGUAUCUCAUUCAGCCUGGUGGCUUCAGUGGGAAACAGGGCCGAGUCCUUCUGGACGUGGUGCAUGUUCACCUGGUGCUUGUGAUUCUGCGUCACCUUUCUCAUACUCUUCCUGGAGUUCUUCAGCCUCAGCUCUAAGUUGCCGAUCUCCUGGGAGGACUUCACUGCCGCUUUUACCAUGUUGGCAACUCUAAUGGUGCUAGCAGCGUCCAUCAUCUUUCCCAGGUUCUACACUUGCUCCAGCUGCAGCAGACAGAUCGGUGCCACAGUCACUUCCUGUCUGGUCUUUAUCCUGUACGCCGUUGAAGUGGGGCUGACCCGAGCUAAACCCGGCGAGCUGAGUGGGUUCCUGUCCACAGUCCCGGGCCUCCUCAAGGUUCUGGAGGCCUUUGUGGCCUGCAUCAUCUUCAUCUGCUUGGACCACCGCCAGUACUCUAGCUAUCCAGGGCUCCAGUGGUGUGUCGCUGUCUACUCCAUUUGCUUCAUCUUUGCCCUCCUCGUCAUCAUCUUUACCGUCUGCCGCCUUCUGUCUCUCUUCCCCGCACCAUUUGACAAAGUCCUGACAGCAUGCAACGUGUUAGCGGUGUUGAUGUACCUCACAGCUGUGGUCAUCUGGCCAUUGUACAGCUUCCGGAACAAUCCCAGGCCGAGCUCUUGCAAGGCAGGUUUUCUCUGUCAGUGGGAUAAUUUAGUGGUUAUCUCCUUCAUGACCGCUUUUAACCUUGGUGCUUACAUUGCCGAUACUAUUUAUUCUUGUAGGCUGGUGUUUUUUGUUAGCAGAACAUAGGGUGCAAA